CCGAACUAUUGUCGCAUGAUCGAACAGAAUGCGAAGACAAAAACAAGAGAAGGAAUACGAAACUUUGUUUCUAGUAUUGCCAUAUGAAAUACACAUAACAAUAAGUACUUAUAAUAUAUCGAUUAUAUUGUCUACUCUUCAUUUUUGGCACCGACAAAGUAAAGGACAGCCCAAGCCAUGACCAUGAACGUCGAUCAAAUCCACAAUUUAAUGGGCCUCCUGGGCGUGGACCAGGGGGAAGAGCAGGAAAAUAGCACCCUACCUCCGAAUGCCAUCGCUGCGGAAAGAACCGCCAUGGGCUUCAAGGCCAGGAGUCAAGCGAAGCCAAAUCUUAAGGUACCUCAUUAUCAUUUGCCCUUGCCGCUAGACUUUUUUUUAUUUGGUAAUACCAAUUGCGAUUACCGAGUUGUCCUACUUUUGCAUUGUGAUUUGCUGCUUGUACGAGCAGAAGAAAAACAAGUACGUAGCAUCAAUGUGGUAUUCAUAUUCUCUUUCUUCUCGGAGUUGUACUUGUAACUGCUGAUGGCCUCUAACAGAUCAUAGGGAUAGUUCGCUUGUGAGUACUUAUUCAAUCCUUGUCGUUCAGGUAGCAGUAAAAGACCGGAGUAAAAAAAAGUCGGAAUUGCAAAAGAAAGUUGCAGAAUCUGUGUGGCGAGACGACGACUUCAAGGAGAAUGCUGGUGUCGUGCUCAAGGAUGAAGGCGACGACCGGAAGACGCCAGACUAUGAAAUUCUAUACAAGCAGGAUGUUGGAAGUGAAGACGUCUUCCUCAACCUGGGUAUUUUUUACCUACUUUGUAGUUUUACGAGGAAGAGGACAACGAACUUCCUGUUUGUUAGUUGUUAUGGUACAGUUUUUUGAUGUGGAUAGAAUGAAGAUGUAGAUGUUGCACGUUGAUUUUAAGAUACAACACGAAGACAACUACCACCUAGGUGACCGCGACGGUUCCUCGGACCACUGCUCUGACCUAGUGCUGAAAGUCAAGUUGCCUGGCGCCCAGUUGAGUGAUAUCACGCUUGAUGUACUCGAGAAUCGUGUUGUGGUGAGCUCCAAGAAUUACCAUCUCAACGCGGCGUUACCUCAACCUGUGCGAAAAGACGAUGGCAACGCCAAGUGGGAUAAGCUGAAGGGAACCCUGUCUGUCACUCUUCCUAUAAAAACAGAAGUCAAAUACUUCUCAGACGUAGCAGAAUUGAUAAGAGAUCCUGACAGAGAAAACUGAUGAAGAUUCGAUGACCCAGAGGUCGGGACAUGACCCAGAGGUACGGACGGGUGGUUGCGACGUUAGGACCACGGCUGUUUACUUAGAAGAUGCGCGGCAUAGGCACCGACGUGAUAAAGUCUUCAAUUCUACUGUUUAUGCAUCGCUGAUUCGAUUCUCUUGCAGUUGAACAUGUUCUAGAGAGAGG